AUGAUUGAUCGCCUCUACCCGGACGACGUGACUGCGCCGAGGCCCCCAUUACAAACCGCCAUCAGACAAAACUCGGCGCGGUCCGCGAUGGCUGAAAGCGUGCGAAAGGCGGCGUCCCGCGCACGCGUUCGGCUGCCCGCGGACUUCGCGGUUAAAAUGAAGACUGUUGCGUCGCCCUACCACCAUUCGUGCAACAGCGAAGACUAUUGCGUGGCCCUACCACAGCACGUAACACAAGCGUCAGCGAUGCGAUCCGAUGGAAACGGCGCGAGGUAUUUAGCUGGCGCGAACGCGGCCGAAAUUAAGCUGUCAGGGCGCGCUGUGAAUUCCGUUUCCCGCGUUACGUGUAAUACCAUCGUCCGGCGCUCUCCCGGUAAUGACUCCGCCGUGUGCGGCGCGUUUACCGCUCGGACUCGUGAAACGCGCGCCCUCAAAGAUGAAAUUGAACGCAUAACGCGCGGGGUCAAGGCGUCGGGACACGCGACCAUUUUUAUU